UCUGGUUCUGCUCUUCAACAAUGAACUCACUCGCAAAACUUGCAGCUUCACAAUCUCAUCAGGCCACGAGAAGAUGGUUCGCUUUACAAGCUUCUUUUUAUUCAACCACCGCCAAGCGGUUGACCAAAUCGGAGAAACCCUCCGAUUCUAAACCCCCAGCAGCACCGCCACCAAAAGAAUGGCCUAAGCCUUCUACGAUACCCUACCAGUCCAAGGUGGCCAACUCCGUCGCCCUCUCCGGUUACAUUCAUAUGCCGGUUCAGUUCCAGGCUGCCCCCGACGGUAAAUUCUGGGCAGGCACUGUUAUUUCCCAGAACUCUUCCUCCGAUGCUCCUCCUCUUUGGAUUCCAAUUAUAUUUGAAGGUGAUUUGGCUCAUGUUGCUGCUUGUCAUAUAAAAGAAAAUGAUCAUGUUUAUAUAGAUGGGCAACUCAGUGCUGAUCCACCUUCUGAUGCAACUCAAAAUCAAGCCAAUGUUCAGGUUAUGGUGCGUUGUAUCAACUUUGUUGAUGAAUCGCCUCCCAAGAAGAAAAGCAACGCUCCCCCUAAAGAAGAAAGGACCUUAACUUAUUCUGCUAGUACCAAGGAAGGUACUGAAAUUGCCACGGAUGCAUGGAGAGACCUUCUUGAUAAUCCGAAAGAAUGGCAGGAUUACCGUCAAAAGAAGCUUAAUGGAUUGGUAAAACCUAGAUAUCCUGAUUUUAAACGCAAAGAUGGUGUUCAUGCACUUUGGCUCGAUAGCGCACCAGAGUGGGUUGUAUCCAAACUUGAAGAAGUGGGUUUCGAUAUUCCUAUUCAAAAAUCAAGGGAAGAAUACUGGAAGGACUUGGUGGGAAACCCGAGUAUGUGGUCGGACUACAGAUUGGAUAAGAUAAAUGGCAGGGUAAAAGAAAAGUACCCCGAUUUCAAGCACAAAAACACCGGCAAAGCUCUAUGGGUUUCCGAUUUACCGACUUGGGCAGAAUCAAAGUUGCCGCCCUUAAAAAGUAAAAAAUGGUCCGACAACCUGUGAGAGGGGAUCGAGGUAGAGUGGAGCUGCAGUGCAACUAGAUUUAAGGGCCCUUGUUUAUUAUGGAGUUACAUACAGCAGAGUGAACAACAGGGGAUAAAGAUGCAUUCUUUGUGAGUGAUAUUUUGACAUUGAUUUACCAAUUAAUUUACUUUAUGCUGAUGUGG